UUAUUGAGUAAUCGUGUAGCACCAUACUUGAUAUAAGGUUUGUCGCGCAUGGGAAGUCGCUUCAGUACAAUAGGCACGUUGUCGCAAAGCGGACACUCACUCCAUAAAAUCUAUUAAUUGACUCGUAAAUUAUUUACGGUAUUUGCACCAUGGCUCCAGUAAAUUUGAAUACACUCUCAGAGAUUCAACUACGCGAAUUUUUUCAGUCCAUUGAUAACAUACUUUGUGAUAACGAUGGUGUCUUAAGUGUUUUUGGCGCUCUUUUACCAGGCGUAUUAAACUGCAUUAAUAAAUUUCGCGAUGCUGGAAAACGCGUGAAAAUUGUUACCAAUAAUAGUGCAUUUGGAAGUGAUUUAUUGAGUAAGAUUUUUCUAAAACAAGGACUACAAUGUACCAAAGAUGAUGUUAUCACGCCCACGUGUGCCUUGACGAAUUAUCUUAAAGAAAUAAACUUUAACGGAAAAGUUUGGUUGAUGGGCUUUGAAAAUAUGAAAGCGGAACUUGAAGAAAAUGGAUUCACAGUUGCAGAAUCUGAAGAUCCAAAAAUUAUAACUCUUAGUGAAGCACAGUCAUAUAUAACAAGUAUUGAUCCUGAAAUCAAAGCAAUCGUCAUGGACAUAUGUCUAAAUAUGACAUCCGGUUGUAUUGCCAAAGCAGUGGACUACUUAAAAAAAGAUCCUAGCAUUUUACUCUUGUUUGGUUCAACGGAUGCAGCCAUACCUAUUGCCAAAGACAAACUAGUAAUGGGGUCGAAAUAUUUUCAAGAUAUUUUAGUUCAAUUAACAAACCGGACGCCUCUGGUGUUCGGGAAACCUAGUGAAAAUUUUGGCAAGUACUUAGUUGAAGCAUUGAACUGUGAUCCAGCUCGUACAUUAUUUAUUGGUGAUAGUUUGGAGCAAGAUAUAGGCUUUGCAAAGCAAAUGGGCUUCCAACAACUGUUGGUAAUGACAGGCAUUUCCAAAAUGGUCGAUGUAGAACAAUGUCCGGAUGCGUUUAAACCUAAUUACUAUGUGAACAGUUUAGAAGAGUUAGAUUCGCUGUUGAGUAAAAGUGCAAUAUUAUAAAUAAGUAACCUGAUUUAUAUUUUAUUUUAUUUACUUUUUUAUCAUACGUGUUUAAUAAGUGAUUACUUAAUAUAUUUGUGUCAACCAGGCAA